AUGAAGAGCUGGCGGCCGCUGCCGGAGCAGGUGGACUUGCUCCAGAAUAUCGUCGAGGCCGCCUCGGAGCUUCUGCGCGACGCUCCAGGAGCUGCGGCUGUGCCGGAGCUGGCUGCUGCGCCAGCAGCCGCAGCACUAGCAGUGCCAUCGGCACCCACAGCCCAAGAGGCACCCGCCUUUUCACCACCAGAGCGCCCUGUCCGGAAGGUGCAGAUUGAGGCCGCGCCCAAGGCGAAGGCUCCAGAAGCUGCGCAGACAGAUGAUGACCCGAAGAACAGAGAGACUCAGGCAAAGGCGGCCGUGUGCCGCAGCCAAUCAGAGCCUCCGGACAUGACGGCGAGCUUGGAGAAGGCGCCCACGGCAUUGAAGCACUUCUUGGACGCGCGGUCGGUGUCGGCCAUCGCGGAAGGCUUCCGCUACUUGUUGAAGUGCGUGGAGCUCCACGAGGAAGAAAGCGGCAAGGUUCAUGGCAAGGAGGUCCUGCCAUACCAAAAGAUCAGGAGCUUGCCUGGCCUUCCCUGGAAAGCCCAGCAGGUGUGGCAGUUGCUUGAUGCUCAAGUGAAGAAGGAGGACCAUCAAGCCAAGCCGCUUCAAGGAAAGUCUCUUGCUGUGGUGGGUGCUGGGCCAGUCGGGCUUCGCAUUGCGUUGCAGCUGAAGCUGGCCGGCGCAGCCGUCACGGUGCUCGAGAAGCGCUGCGAGUUUGUGCGCAUCAACCGGCUGCACCUUUGGGAUUGGGUGAAGCAGGACCUCAUCCAAUGGGGUGCCAAGAUCUUCUCGCCGCCCGGUGGGACCUUUGGAGCGGACAAGGACUACUGCCACAUUGGCAUCUCUGAGCUUCAGUAUUUGCUGUUGAAGUGUUGCCUCCUCUUCGGGGUCACUGUCGAGCUGGGCGUGGAGUUCCGGGAUGUGGUUGUCCGAUCGGGAGGAUGGGUCGCCGAAACAGAGCCUCCACUGGUACCUCAGGAGCUAAGAGUGGACGCGCUGGUCUGCUGCGAUGGCGCCGCCUCUCGGAUCGCCAAGUCCAAAGGUGCUGCUACUAUUGCUGGUGGUUUGGGCAAAGAAGGGCAGGCCAUCGGCGUCGUGGCCAACUUUCUGAAUGGUAAGACCUCCAGCGAGCGCAACCUGCGGCAAUUCUCGUGGGCGAGGCAGUUCAACACAGAGCUGUUUAAGAAGUUGAAGGACAAGGUUGGUGCGGACUUGCAAAACAUCGUGUACUACAGGGGUGACGAGAGUCACUACAUGAUCAUGACGCCAUCCAAGCAGUGUUUAGUCGAGAAGGGCUGCCUUCACACGGCGGAUUCUUUGGAUGGUGCGCCGCUGCUCCGCGCAGAGAAUGUGGAGCUGGACAACUUGAAGUCCUUGGCGCAGGAGGUCGCAGUGCACUUUGGGCUGCCCACGGAGUUUACGCCAGAACAGUCAGUGAUGAUUUUCGACUUCUCCGACACCAAGCGACACGAGCAGGCGAUGCUCUUCCAAGACGGAGAGGCCUCCACGCCGCCCCUGGCCAUCUCAUUGGCAGGUGAUGCGCUCCUGGAGCCCUUCUGGCCCACCGGCCUUGGAUGCAUCCGUGGCUUCUUGGGCGCAAUGGAUGCGGUCUCCUGCCUUGGCACCUGGUUUAAAACCAAAGACCGAGAGCAAGCCCUUGGCAAGGCAGAAGCUGCCUACAGGCAGCUCAAGUCGGUGGAUGCACAGACCAAGGACAUGACGUUGAAGCCGGAGAACGAGUGGCGCGUGGAGCCCCACACGCGCUACAGGCACAUGUGA